CGUCUACCAAUUUAUCACUAACGCACCCCAUUGCCAUGCCAUGCCAUGAUCAUCCCCACAAAUACAACAGCUGACGAAGACCCACAAAAUAGAUUUAUUGGUCCAUGUUUCAACUACAAUCGGUUGCUUAGAGGCAGGAGGGAGAGAGAGAGAGAGAGAGAAAUGGGUUUGCUCACAAACAGAGUGGAGAGAAGUGAGAUCAAGCCUGGCGACCACAUCUAUACAUACAGGGCUAUCUUCGCUUACUCUCACCAUGGUAUCUUUGUUGGGGGAAGCAAAGUGGUCCAUUUUAGGCCGGAGAGAAAUUUGAACUCGGGUGAAGCAUCAACUGAUUCCUAUGAUUCAAUGUCAUGUCCAACCUUUCCUGAUUGCGGAUUCAGACAACCCAACAGCGGCGUCGUCCUCUCUUGCCUGGACUGCUUCCUCAGAAAUGGAUCCGUCUACUGCUUCGAGUAUGGCGUCACCCCUUCAGUUUUCCUAGCCAAAGUGCGGGGUGGAACAUGCACCACCGCAGCAUCUGAUCCAUCUGAAACGGUUAUCCACCGAGCAAUGUACCUGCUCCAGAAUGGAUUCGGCAACUACGACGUAUUCCAGAACAACUGCGAGGAUUUUGCACUCUACUGCAAAACUGGUCUUCUGAUACUGGACAGGCUCGGGGUUGGAAGAAGCGGGCAGGCUUCUUCUGUCAUUGGUGCUCCUCUGGCCGCCAUUCUCUCGUCUCCUCUGAAGCUGCUGAUGCCGAGCCCCGUUGGGGUGGCGACUGUGACGGCAGGGAUGUACUGCAUGAGCAGAUAUGCAACUGAUAUCGGCGUCCGAACUGAUGUGAUGAAGGUGGCCGUGGAGGAUUUGGCUGUGAACUUGGGCUGGACAGUUGAUGAUAAUGAAGAAGUAGUAGCUGAGGAUAGUGAAGCUUCUUCUAAUACACAGCUAAUCAGAUGAUAUGUGAGUUUGAUCCUUAUUUAUAACCAUAUGAAACUGCACCUAUCAAUUAUGGAUGGUCAGCGUUGGUAAUAAUCAUUUUGUUGGCAUUUUAUGCUAGUCAAUCAUUCACUUGCUUCCUAGUUGUUUGCGAAUGGGAUAAUGAAAAUCACAUGUUUGUAUUGAAAGGUGAACCAAAUUUAAUUAUGGCAUUGGAUUAUCUGAUUUUAGGAUGUUCCUUAA